AUGAUUGGAGAGACGUACAGACUGCACUCUCAAGUCAGGUCUCACACACACACACGCUCGCCAGGCUCUUCUACCAGCCAGUCAACACGUCAAAGCACCCGCAAGACCAGCAACACAACGCCAUACAUGACCAAAGAAAACGCCCAAGAAUACACGCGCACAAGCACCAUGCUCGUAGGCCCCAAACACACACCCUUCCACCUCCACACGCACCUCUUGACUCAACAUUCUGCCUACUUCCGCGCCGCCCUGCUUGGCCCCUUUAUCGAAUCCAGCACAAGCAGCAUCACCCUCUCCGACAUAUCACCCAGCCACUUGUCACUGCUAGUAACGCACCUCCACACCACGCACAUACCGCACCCCCUUCAAAGACGGAAAAAACCCGCCUACUACACCCUGUUGCAUACCUACGCGCUCGCCGACCGCCUCGGUCUCGAAGCCGCCCGCAACGCCAUCAGCACGUUAGCCGACACCACAAACAGCGUGCCUACGCCAUCGGCAUACCUGGGUCCUUUGUUGAUCUUUUUUGUGUUUAAGAAGACGGAUCGGCUGGUUGAGGGACAUCCGUAG